AUGACUCUUCUAUCUCUGGCAUCAGCUACUCGGGGCUCCACCAGGACAAACCUCACACGAAGCUUCCAAUUGCGCUGUUUGAGCAGCGUGAGCGCAUCAUCAUCGCCGCCAUCGAAAUCAAGCCUUCGACAUCCAGGCCGAAGCAGCAGCCAAUGCGUGUCGUACCAUGCCGCGCGCGCCCAUCGUCCACAUUUCAUGACCAAUCGACGGUCCUACGCCACGCAAAACAACAAAGGGGACAUUGCUGUCGUCGGAGGAGGAUUGACGGGUCUCACGACAGCGUACUAUCUCGCGAAGCAGCUGCCGCACACUGCCAAGAUUACACUGUACGAGGGGAGUGACCGGCUCGGCGGAUGGAUUCGAACGGAUCGUGUGCCGGUUGACGUCGAGGGCGUCGGGGGGAUGGUUAGCUUCGAGAGAGGCCCAAGGACGUUGUCGUCGAACCAUCUGAGUACGUGGAAGUUUGACGAUCUCGUGCUGUACGACUUGGCUCUCGAUCUAGGUCUCAAGGUCUUCACACCACCCGAUCAACCACGUUACAUCUACUACCCGGACCAUCUCGUCACGCUUCCACCGGCCGGUAGCUUCGUAGAGUUUUGCCGCGAGCCGCUUUUCCUUCAAUCCCUCUGGGGCGGCCUAGGCUUCCUCUUGCGCCGCAUGCGCAGCCGCGCGGUUCCCAUGAAGGACAUGUCCGUCUCAGAAUGGCUGUAUGAGAUUAGCGGAAGUCGCGCCGUCGCGGAGAACGUCGCAUCCGCCAUGAUCCACGGCAUAUACGGUGGUGAUAUAGAUAAGCUGAGCGCCAGAUCAGUGUUUGACCGCUUCUACUGGGCGUAUUACCUGCCAAAUAUGGGCUCAGAUCUUAGACAGAUGACCAUGAGAGAGCAGACGUUUAUGAGUGAAUUGUCGCAGGAUCCGCAGAUUCGCAGGAUGGCACUCAAGGCACGGGGUGCGUUGUUGCAUUUCGGCAAGGCGGGAAUGGACAGCUUGCCAAAGGCGUUGGCAGAUGUGCUGGAAGCAACGCCCAAUGUAGAGAUUAGAAAGGGCAUUCCGGUGCGGGACAUCAGCUACGACAAAGAGACGGAAAAGGUGAAUAUCACAACCGGCAACUGGGCCGACGAAGAGCAGCAACACCUCGAAAACAAGACCACCACCUCCCACGAUCGCGUCAUAUCCACCAUAGCAAGCCAGGACCUCUCCCGCGUCACGGCCUCCAAGUUGCCCAGCCUCGCGGAAACGCACUCCGUGUCCAUCAUGACCGUCAACAUGUGGUACCCCAAGAAGCACAUGAAGCCACGCGGCUUCGGCUACCUGAUCCCUCGGUCCGUCAGCCGUGAGCACAACACCGAGCGAGCCCUCGGCGUCUUCUACGACUCCGACGUCAGCGGUGCCGCGUCGCCCGACGAGCCCGAAGGCACGAAACUAUUCGUCCUCAUGGGCGGGCACUACUACGACUCUGGCGCUCCUCCACCCUCGGAAUCAGACGCCGUUGAGCAGGCCAAGUCCCUCCUGGAGCGCCAUCUAGGCAUCCCCGCCGAUACGCCCUGCUUCGCCUUGUCCAGAUUUGCAAAGGAAUGCAUCCCGCAACAUUUUGUCGGCCACAACGACCGCAUGAUGCAGACUGAUCAACAGCUUCGUGACGAAUUCCAUGGAAAACUAGCCGUGGCGGGCGGCUCGUAUAGCAAGAUUGGUGCCAUGGGCGCAAUUCGCGCCGGGUACGACAUCGCGAAGCAGACUGUCGGCGAGGGAGGGUGGUACACAACGGGACUGGAGAUUCUAGAGUUUCCAGAACCGUUUGUCGGCGUGCCCAUUUCGAAAAUUCCCGUCAGGAGGUUUAGACAGCUGGAGCAGAACAGGGGCUAG